UAAAUGCAAGCAUGUACAUGUGGAUUCUAAAAGUGAAAGAGAAGUAACGACUUAAAAAGACUCAGGGUGUUGGUUUGAAAGUUCUUGGCAUGCUUAAACAUGUUCAACAGUGAGCAACAAAGCUUUUACACUUCCUCUAUUGAUCCAAGAAUCUCCUUCUCCAAUGAUUUUGUGGAUGCACAACAAGCCAUCAAGUACGAAAGCAGCUAUAGAGAAGCACCGGUUUCCACAGAUUUCGAGUUCUCGGUGAAAAACUACUCCAUGAUUCCUGCAGAUGAAAUCUUCUUCAAGGGCACGAUGUUGCCCUUGAAGGAUAACUGCACAAACAGCCAACUGCGAAAAAUGACCUUACGAGAUGAAUUACUUGUCGAUGAUGAGUAUAGUGAUGCCUUCCCAACACCAAAGAGUUCAGGCUGGUGGAAGGAGAAGCUGAGGUUAAAGAGGGGUCACUUUACACCUAAGAAAAGUGAUAGGAACCGUGGGGUUUUGGAUAGAGUUGUUGAAGAGAGGCCUGUUUUUGUUCAUGAAGGAGGACUAACUAACAAGAGAACACAGGAAGAGUUGAUUGAAGGAGGGAUAAGUUGUGAAGGCAAAGAAACAUAAUGCUAUCCACAGCGAAAGAGGCAAUUUUUUUCGAGGGAGGGAAUCGUUGCUGUGAUACAGCAACAGAGCUGGGAUUUCGUUGACUUGCAAUCUUUUGUUUUAGUUAUUCUUUGUAGCUUUACUUUUUCAUUCGACUCAAAAACAGUAACACGUCUCCCUUGUACCUCCCCACAUGGAAAGAGUGGUAUGUGGCUGUUUUGCUAUGUACAAAUGUUUGCUGUUGAAGAACUUCCACUAAAACUAGUAUUUAUAAAUGUAACCAUCGGAUUAUGAUUUUCAUUUACUAACAUGAGCUGCACCAUUCAUGUCUUAUUCGUCAACUGGGUGUUAAUAGAAGACACUUCUCCUCGAUUUAUUUACUGAGGGGUUGUAAAUUUGAUUAAAUCACACUUUUCCUUAAUUUAUUUACUGGGCGGUUAUAAAUCCGAUUUAGUAAUUUACACAACGAUAAUUUUACCUGAAUACAUACCGAAAAAAGAUAUAUAGCAAAGUGCUUUUCAGACACCACGCAUGCAUGGUGCUUUUCGGGCAUUUGAUGGCAAGUGUUGAAGAGUCUUCUUGGCGAGAGUUGUCUUCAUGAUUUGAGGUUACAUGAAAGUUUGUCAAUACACGUAGUAGGACUUGAUGUAUCAACUCGCUACUUGAACGAU